UUUUUUCACACUCUGUUUGGGAUCGAGUGAGUGUCCUGCGGCGGUAAUUUGUAUCUUCUAGUGUGACUGUGUCUUAUAGUAUAUGCAUCAUCAGUUUGCAUAGAAAUAGAAUGGUAUUUUUUAUGAGGUACUCUGUAUGUAAGAAAUCGAGUGUCCAGCAAUAAAAAUGGUCUGGUACAUUAGCACACUUCAAAGGUUGAGUAAGGAGAUUGCACUUUUAGGUUAACCGUGCAAAUGAUAUGGACCGAGCUCUAGAAUGUAACUCAGAUUCCAGAAAGAACAGCAAAGCACACAUUAUUGGUCACCGCCCACCAGUGGUGAGUAUUGAAGGUUUGCAUCUAUUUCUAAGUAAAUUGAAUAUGUAUGAAACAACAACUGUCAACUGUAGUGCCUGGCACUUACACUUUAUUAGUACUGUAUAAAGUUUAGCACAAUUACACGAAAAAUGGGCAUGGUAUGGAAUGGGGAGCUUGAGCAUCGUGUGUUCAGUACACAGCGCUAAGUCAAUUAAGCUGAUUUGUCAGGGAAAGGAAAACAGGAUCCCCUAAAUUUUUAGGGUAGGGAUUAGGGAAACUGUGACAUGACGGAUUCAGUUCAUUGACCUAGUGGUAAGCUGAACCGGAGACCCCAAAAAAGAAAAUGAUUUGCCUGCUCUUCGUCGUCGACAUGUCGAUGCUGACGGUGAGGAUCCCGUCGAUCAUCUAUCGCCGUGGCGCGUGGUUUCUUCGUAGUCUAGUCCCUGGUAGUGGUAGUACACUGACGGAGACGACGCUAACGACCCCGACGACGGAGCUGUGCAUCUCGCCAGUCGCAGAUCCCAGCUCCGCAGCCUGCACCGUAUUUAUGACUUGUUCUGUUAUUUCAAUUAUAUGUGGAUCGAAAUAUGUUGAAAUAGAUUGAAAUGAAUUCUGACUUGUUAUGGAUUUAAACCGACUCAAUAACACCUAAUCCGCAUGGAUUGACGGUGAAAUGAACAAGCCCUUACAGCUUUUCGUUAAUAUUAUUAUUAUACAUGCACCAGCUGUCUGUCUGAUCUGAGAUAAGUAAUUCAAGCACACCACCGUGAAAAUGGAACUGAAGCAAGACAUCGACAACUAGCUGAAGCAAAGCAUGGAGUUGCCUAGCAACAACACUUACCAUAUAACCUGUCUGGGAGGCAACACCAAAUCCGCUGCUGGAUUACCCUCCCUCAUCUCUCUGUCGUAACUCAUAUCCGUCCGUCCGUCCUUCCUACUAAAACUGAAACCUUUCUGAAAAGCACGCGCAAGUUACUUCCGUUCCGGCACAGGCGCCCCCCCAUCAUGCAGGCAGCAGCCGCGCCGCCGCUUCCACCGCCGCGCCGCCGCGUGUACACGGCGGUGGACCCGCGGUGCGAGUGGAGGAGCACGGAGGAUGCGGACACCCUCGUCGUCGACGUGUCAGGGUUCAAGAAGGACGAGCUGAAGGUCGUGUACAGCGUCCGGCGGAAGAAGCUGAAGGCCACCGGCGGGCGCCAGCCCGACGGCGCGCCCAGGCUGAAGGUCACCGGGGAGCGCAGGGCCGACGGCGGCCGGUGGGCGCGCUUCCUCAAGGUGGUCCCGGUGCCCAGGAGCUGCGACGCCGGCACCAUCCAGGCCAGGCUAGACACCGAGAGGGCCCAGCUCUCCGUCGUCCUGCCCAAGCCCAAGGGAUCGUCAUCGUCGUCCAAGGACAGUCAGAAGGAGCGUCACCCUGCGGAGCGCGCACAUUCUCUUGAAGAGCUGAUGAGGGCGGACACUGCGGGUGGAUCAUCGGGCCGCAGCGACGGUAGCAUGCGGAGCGCCCAGGAAGAUGCAGGGAACGGCAAGGUCGAAGACAAGGAGCAGAAACAGGAUCGUCAUCAGGCUAUGGAGGAACCGAGACAUGAUCAAGCGAUGAACGUACAAGAUUUACCGGGAGGAGACGGUGGUGCAACUGAAAAUGCAGCCAGGAACAACGAUGGUGAUGGCAAGGGUGAGGACGGGAGGUGGUGGAGGAAGAUCAGAAAUCUGCGUGUUCUUAGCUUCCUCCUGGUCCUUGCAUUGGUGGGGGUUGGUGCCACUGUCCUGUAUAUAGCGUUACUGUGAAAACAACUAUAUGUCUACAUGUAUGAUGUAUCAUGUGCAAUAGCACGGCAAUGGCAUUCCCCUCUGCAAGGAGGACAUGCCAAUGCAGAUGGUGAUACAAUUGGAAGACUGCAUAUUUCAUUUC